UCCGUUGAGUCGGCACGCGCUGCGUUUAAAUUUAGAAUUGCCGCUCGAAAUCGAGACGCCGGGAAAUGUUAAAUUUUUGGGCGUCAUCAGUUUUUCCGUGUGUGUUUGUGUCCACGUAAAAUUUGUGUUGUGACUUGACUUAUGCGGUGACGGGCAGGCCGAGAGCGAAGGGCGGCCAGGCGAAGCCGGCGACAUGGGCAACUCGUGCAGCUCAGGGCAGGCCCACAAGGAUAAGGACAAUUUGUCACAACACUCAGAAGAGUACACGUUGCCAUCCGAGAAAGCAAAAAAAUCCAACAGGUCGCCCUCGUACCGCGUCACCAAGCCAUCGGUGGACGCGAGCGCGGAGCAGCCGCCGCCGCCGGCGCACCACCUACUCGAGCCCACCCCCUCCAUCAAGGACAAGAAGCCUCAGCUCAAGGGACCAAGGCCGGUUGGCUCCAGCGUCUCAGAUUCUAUCUCGCUGUCGUCGCCGGUGGCGUGCGCUUCCCCCCGCGAGGAUGUGGAGGGUCCACCGAUGCCGGCCAACGUGGCGGCGCUGCCGGACGAGCACCGGUCCUACCUCCUCGGCCGGCUGCCCAGCCAACGCGCCCGGCGACGGCGGGCGAUGAUCGUGUACGUGUGUGCUGCUGACUCACAAGAUUGCUGUGCCGAAAAAGGUGCGCUUCAAUGUGGUGCGGCUGCUCGGCUGAGAGUUCGCGCCCGGCGGCGUGGAUGGCGCAUCCACGUCGCCGACUUACAUUGGCGGUCACCGCUCGAACAGCAGCGGGAUCAUCGGUUCCCUGUAUUGUGUAUUGCAGAGCUAGCUCGUCAAUCAGAACUCGGUGCUGUGGUGCCCGUACUGUUCCUGAACUCGGGACUGGGCACGCCACUGUUGCCUCACACACUGGAGUGUGCAGACUUUAAGGCCGCACUCGAAGCCGCUGAAGACGAAAAUGAUAAAGCACUCUUAAAUAAAUGGUACAGUCUAGAUGCAAGCACAACUCCACCGUGCUAUCGGUUGGUGAGAGGGGCACCAGCGCGCUGGCGUCGCGAGAUGGCCAAAACCCUCAAUGUCCUGGUCAGAACGCUACCGCAAGAGGCUUGUGAUGCUUACCUCACCACCGUUGUGGAGCAGGAGGUGCAACACACGGUGUUGCUGAGUGUGGAAGCAGCACGACGCUGCGUGUGGGUGUGCCGCGCGGGCGCUACAGCGGACCCGCCGCCGGAAGGUGCUGAUGCCUCCGCCGCCCAUCACCAUGAGCUGCAGCGACGGCUCAACAACCUCCAGAAAGACCUUAAGCUCCACCUGAGCGAGAGGAACAUAAUCCGCGCCAGUAUCCGUGGCCGGUCCGCGCCCGGCGGCGAGGACGAGUACACGGAGGGCGUCCGCUCGGCGCUCGGCGAGCGGCUCGACGCGCUGCUCGAUACGCUCAUCGCCGAGAACGAAGUGCCCGCCGGAUAUAAUGGCAUACCUACCAGUUUAUUCGACGAAAUCAACGAGCAUCUGUCGUUUUGUCAAAAGGCAGCGCAGUGCACGUCCAACAGGGAGAUCACACUGAAUGAGCUCAAAACAUACAUGACGGGGGAUAGCAAUGUGCCGCUGGCGCUAAUAGGAGGCGCUGGCUGCGGUAAAGCCACACUAGUGGCACGAGCGGCCAGCCUCGCGCCCGCCUGCCAGCAGGACCUCGCGCUCAUCAUCAGAUUCGUGGGUUUAACCUCACAAUCAAGUAGCUCGCAUUUAUUGCUAAAAUCUAUUGUGGACCAAUGUCACGUUUUGCAUACAGGCACCGUAUACAGGGGACGUAAUGAUGUACCAUCUCUGUCAGCUACGCUGACGCGUUUAUUAUCAGCUUUGGGGCGCGCACGACCAGUUCUAUUAGCGGUGGUUGGAGCGGAUGCGUUGAGAGGCGCACGCUGGCUACCUUCGCGGCUACCUGAUAAUGUCAAAAUGAUUGUCACUGUUACUGAAGAAACCGACGAACCAUCUAGUUCUGCAAUCAUGGCAGUGCUCUCGUCUGAAGAUGGACCAAAAGUAGUGCGAGCUCCUCCGGUAGGACCCGAAGAGGCCAAAGCAGUUCUUACUGCUUGUGCCGCUACUUACAGCAAGACGGGAGCAGCAUCGCCACCUGAAGCUGCAGUGAAAGCUGUACAAAAAUGUACCCUACCACUUUACGCCAAGAUCUUAGCUUGGCAAAUAUCACUCUCGGCCGAGACCUUCACUGAGCAGUCUGAACCUGAAACAGCACCUGAACUAGUCAUCUGUGAGGACCUGGAAGGUCAACUGACCCAAAUCCUAAUAACGACAGAAGCGGCACUUGGAGCUGAGAGAGUGAAGAACUGUUUAGCCUUACUGACAGCAUCACGGAGAGGACUAGAUGACACGGAAAUAUUAGAUAUGUUAGCACAUGAUGAACUAUUUAGAAGCGAAGAAACAUAUUUGCCGUGGGCGCCGGCGUCGCUGUUCUGGCCGCAGCUGGCGGCGCUGCUGGCGCCCUGGCUGCGCUGGGGGGCCGGCGGCGCCGCGCGCUGGCGCGACCAGGCGCUCGCGCAGCACGCGCGCGACCGCUACCUCGCCGACUGCGAGCCGCGCGUGCGCCGCGCCCUGCUGCACUACUACGAGGGUGUGUGGUAUAAAGAAAAUGAUCCUAAAAUGGCGGGACGUCUGAUAUCGCAGGAGAACAAAUUUUCUGAAGAAUGUUACAACACUCGGAAACUAGACGAGAUACCCUAUCAACACUAUCACCUGUACAAGGACGAACCAGAAACAUUCGCCAACCAGCCUUACUUCACGGACUUAUCUUACGUAUACGACAAAUUAGCCGCCACAGACUGCAGCCACUUCCUCGAAGAUCUGGACUUAGUCCACAUAGACCCUCAACCGGAACAUAUACAGUUACUCAAAGAGGUGUUCGAAGUACACUCGUACGCUUUGGACUACGACCAUAGACAAUUUUACGGUCUUCUGCGAACGACGAUGGAGAAACGACAAAGAGAAGGGAUACCAAUCAAAAGUGAGAUCGUUCAGAACUGGUCCAAAGAGAUAUGGGAGCCACCAGUGCCAACAUUCUAUCCCGCAAACGAGGGCUUCUACAAAAUCGUCGAGAAUAAAGAAAAAAGAGACUUGUCUAUGGUGGAAGGGUUUGAUAGUAAGACGUACGAUCUGAUUGUACGAUUCGACACGAGAGGGAAGUUUGUGGCGACGAUUUCCACGGAGCGAGAGGAGAUAUGCGUUUGGGAUGUCACCAAGUGCCAACUAGUGAGGAAGCUGGUGGGUGUGACGCAUCCUAUAAAUCUCGUCCCCAUAGACGAGUACAGAUGUGUGGUGCUAUGCCGCAGGGAAUUAAGGGUGUACGAUUUAGAUCAGGGCAAAUUCUUAGUUGCAUUAAAAGGAGUUAUGAACCAAAAGAUGCCAUACUACGGACUGCACGACAGCAAACACCUCGUCGCGCUCUCUAGAAAUAGGAUGUAUGUCAACUUAAUGAAUAUUGAAAGCGGCGAUUGCGUUACGACAUUCAAAGCUGGAGAAGAUAGAUUUCUCAAUUCUUUAUUGGUGUCGGGCGAUGGAAGAAUCCUUGUAUGCGGUGACGAGACCCAGAAACCUUUUCCACUGCUGGUUUGGUCACUGGCGUCGCGCAAGCUGCUCUACGACCUGCGGAUACCGCAUCACGACUUCAUCACCUCCAAGGCUGCCAUCACUUACGAAGGUUCCUAUGUGUGCGUGGUGUCCAGAGAACUAGACGAGCCCAGUCCAAACUUCAUCGUGGUGUACGACUUGCAAUCGGGAACGUUAUUCAAGAAGUGGAAGCCGGGGUGCGACACUGUGGCGCUCGCAAUCAGCUCGGUGGAUGGGUGCGUGGUGUCAGGUCUGGCUGACACUAGAAUACUCGUCUGGGACCUGGUCACUGGCAACUGUCGGCUGACGCUGCGCGGGCACGUGGCGGCGCCGUCGCUGCUGCGGCUGGCCAAGUCGGGCGGCGUGCUCAUGUCUGCCGACCACUCCUGUCGGGACCUCUCCGUCCGCCUCUGGGACCUCCACGCAGGCAAGUUAAUCGCUGUAUACACGCCACCGGAACGAAUCACGUCGUGCGAAGUAUUACUCGGCGGAUCAGUAUUGGCCAUCGCCCUGGAGAACUUCAAGGAGAUACUGUGUGUCAAGUUGGAAGGCCCACUAGUGGACUCAGUGAAGGCUGGCAGGGAGUGCGAGUACGACGACAAGGGCUACGGUGACGAGGGCAGCGAAGGGAAAACAUUCUCCGUGAGGGGCAGUGAAGGCUGCUGAUAAUAACUUAUUAAUUAAUCAUUUAAUAGUUGCGUGACUACAUUUGGCUCCGUUUAAUCAUUACGAAAAUUAAUAUACGACCCGCCUCUUAAAUGUCAAAUGUCAAAUUUUGACAUUUCAUUUCAGCCAUAUUCAAAUCUGUCAUAUUUCUUUCUAAGUCCUUUUUUUAACAAUGUUUUUAAGCUUAUUUAGUUACUACUACUACCACCUAACCGUAUUUCUUUACAUAAAUUUGCAAAAAUGUUUUCCUUAUUUCCAAUUGAAACAAUGAAAAACUUUUAUGUUAAAAUACCUAGAUACCUAGUUAAAAUGGUGUUAUGAAUAGACGACCUACAGAAAGAUUUACGAUAGCACCUAAUGUUCAUGUCUGUAGAUGGUGGUUACCUAUCACUUUCCAUGGGAUGGGUCGCUUUCUUAUUUGCUAUUUUUUUACCAAUAAAACAGUAUCGAUCAUAUCUUUAGUACCUAAUCAAAGUUUUAAAUUCUUUUAGGUUUAUUAUGUGAUAAUGGCGGGAAAAUCGAAUUUCGCAUAUCUACAUUGAAUAUUUUGAAUACUUUUAAUAUAUGUAGAUAGAAGACUUGGUUAAAUGUGGUCACGAUUCUAAAUUAUAACAAAAUUAUGAAAAUUAUCUUAAUAAAAAUCCACUGAGCGUUUUCAUCACCAGAAUGAAUCAUAGAAGAAUAACAAAUCUGUUAAAAAAUAAAUGGUGAAUAAUAUGAUUUGUGUCCAUGAUUUUUUGGAAUCAAGUGUAUUCAAUAUAAAAAUUAAGACAAUUAUAAAUGGGAUUUUGAUCAUGGGUGAUGAUGAUGAAAAUUGAUUCACUUACAAAAUAUAUAUGUAUCUAGUUACUGUUUUAUAAAUCACCAAACGUCUUUUUCAGCGUGACGAUUUGAACAAAUAUACCUAAGUAAAUAAGUACACAAAAUUGAAACUCUAAAUGGAAUAUUGAUUGAAUUAUUGAUAACAACUUAUCAAAAUACCUAAUAAAAAUUACAAAUGGUUAUAAAAUAUUACGAAAUGGAAGCAAUUUCAUAGUGGCUUAUACCACGAAGAGAGAAUGAAGAAAAUAUGAAAUAAUAAAAAAAAAACAUUAAUGUUUUUGAUCUAUUACGCUUAUUAAUUACAUUAUUAAAUUAAAUUAUAUUUAGUGAGUUCUCUAUCUAUAAUGUUGAUGUUUAGACGUAAUUUUGUGGUGAAAAAUAGAUGUAAGGUUAAAUUAAUUGUACUCAUAAGUCAAUUUUCAGUUUUGUUUUUCAAUAGCUAUCUGCUAAUGUUACUACACAUCAAUAGAACCUUACAAAAUAUUUUGGUCACUUUUCCUUAUAAGAAGAAAUAAACCAUACAUUAACCUAUGCCUUUAUCUAUAUCCAUUGAUCUUAAAAAAAUGCAAUUCGUAGAAAAAAAAAAAACAAAACAUUUUUAAUUUAAAUUCUAAUUUAAUCUGUGGCUCCAAUCAAUAUAAUUGUACAUAAUUAUUAUUUUAAAAUAUAUAAGUACUGUAUAUUUAUUCUUUUACAUCUAACCUAAAUUAUAAAAAAUUUGUACUUAAUACUGUAGUCAAAUAAAUAUAACAAAUAUCGUAUAAUCUCGCGAUAAGUUACGACCAUUUUUGCACCACGUAGAGUAGUUUCUCAAUUUUAAAUUGUAUAUUGUUUCCCGCGCUUUUUUACAGAUUAAUAUCUUCAAAUCACAUACCUAUUCCAAUUAAGUUUACCGUUUUAUUUUAAUAUAAUUUGAACAUGGAAAUGUAAUAUUUUUAUAAGAAAAUAAAUGCAUGCCGACUAAUCAUGCUACGCCAAAAUAUUAAGUGAAAAGUUGAUUAUAAAUUUUAUACCUGCCUUUAUAGUAUUUUUGAAGUACCUGUAAUUUAAUUAUUUCGUUCAACCUAGUCACGACGUAUGGUGUGAGAAUAAUUAUAGAUGCUGGUUCAUCGUAAAAUUGUCUAUUAUUUUAUUGUAAUAUUAAUAUAAUUAAAAUGCGAACUCAACAUUAUAAAGUUGGUAUUAACUAUAAUGCCUCCAUAUUUGUGACCGCUUUGAGAUCGCACAUAUAAAAUUAAAAAAGAUGGAGAUCAUGGUAUCUGUCGAAUUUUUAAUUAAAAAAUGUUUACCUACAUUAGCAAUAAAAACUUGUAUUUCGUAUGUAUAUAUUGCGUAGUUAAGUAAUUUAAUUUUAAAAACUAUUAUAUUAUUAUACUUUAUUAAAUAUAUUAUUAUAAUACAAUUACAUACAUAUAUAUUGUUGUAAUAAGUAGGUACCUAUCUAUAUAAGCAACACAUUUUAUCCAUUUGUCUUCACCUCAACUUCACUCAGAUAUACGAAUAUAUUCAUACUACAUAUUCAUUUGUGUAACCAUGAAAAAGACUUUGCUGUCUCGUUUUAUAUCAUGCUCGCAGUAGCGAUAUCGUGUAUAUCGAUACAUUCGUUUGUCUUUUAUUUAAGGAAAUGGUAUGAUUUACAUGUCACCGCCUGACCGAAGUAAUUUUUCUUUUUUCAUACUAAAAAUAUAUUUCAGCUAACAUAAUAGGUACCUACUUUUGUUUUCGACAGUUACCACUAUAGUUUGCUCCAAUAUGGCGUUACAUAUUCUAAAUGAAAUAGAAAUAAAUAUAUGAAAUAUAGUCAACAUUUAGACACGUUUAAAUUAAAAACAAACCAAAUUAUAGGAACAAUCAAAUUAAGUAAUGUAAAAUGUAUAUGCGAUUAUUUAACUGGAGUAAAUAGGGUUUAUUGGCGAAGUAACAUUCUGUUAGCAAUGUUGUUUAUGGAAAAGAGCAAAAAACUAAUAUUGAUACACGUCCUGGGGCCAUAACAUAUUGUUGAACUAACUUGACGUGGUAUGUGUAUAAAUGGCAACUCAAAUAUACAUCAUACCAUUGAAUCUACUCAGAUCACAAAAAACAAUGUAAUAUGCAAGCAAUUCUUGUACUAUAUGUAUUUUAAUUAUCUUUUAAGUAAACCUACGCCAAUCCCACGCAUUAUGCUUUAACAUUGCCAAUAGAAUUUUACCUCAUGUGUAGACUCUGGAAUCGAAUAAGAAACACUAAGACCAAAAUCUAAUAUUCUACCUAGGUACUUAUUUUUAAAAAGGGAUUUCUCGACAUUUCCACAACAGUGGGGGAUACCUAAAGGUUUUGCCUGAGUGAAAUUUAUUUAUAAAUGUAUUUUGAAAAAUGUGACACUUAUUAUUGUAGUAUAUAAUGACAUGUAACUUUUUAAUUAACACGCUCGUUAUUGUUCGGAAUCUCCUACAGAGCCAACUGUACUAAGACUGUCCUAAUUUUAUUUUUUACCGCCAUUUUCUACUUUAUCAUAAUAUAUAAGCUAUACUUACACAAUUAUAUAUCAUAAAUAAUAUAUUAUAUAAACAUAGGCUAAUUCACGUUUGGAAAUAUAAUAUACAACAAACAUAUUACCGAUUCUGUUAAUAUUAGUUAAAUUAUAAUACCAUUCUCUCCUUCAAUUUUAGCUUACUAUUGUUAUUCUUUAUGAAUGAAUGAUUAAUUUCAUUCAUUCAUUCUCUCAAAAAAAAUUCUAUGUAAUUUGUUUAGUGUAAAUUGCUCUAAGAGCAAAGACUAAAAUAGAAGGAAAAGAACAGAUUAAAUAAAAGCAAGUAAAUAAUAUGGUUGCCUCUUUCCUAAGGCAAGGCAAGGCAAGUAAAAACUAAAAUUUUAUGUGUCAUGAAUAAUAUUUAUAUGGACUUGUUCAAAAGGUGGAUGCGUUUUUAAAUCUAUCUCUUUCUAACACAAUGGUAACUUCAUAAACACGAUGAGCACACGCUAUAUCGAUUUUUGCGUUCCAUAUAUUCCAAAAUCUUUUGAAUUACUGCUAUAUUUAAUUAGACAUUAAUUCCAAUAUUUUUUACUAUCUAUAUACUUUUAUAAGUUUUUGAAACAAAAAAUAAAUACUUAAUAAGUUAUUCAUAUCUCCAUUGCGCAAUAAUAUGUAACAAAAAAAAUAAACUCGAUUUGGACCUGUGCAAAUGAAGGGCAUUUUGUUGGCGUAGGACAAUAUUUUUUUAAAACAAUGAGACGCUAACGAAAACUAUCAAUAUAUUCUAGAAAUAUUAAACAAACAAAUAUGUUAAUAACUUUGAAGAAGUACUUAAGAUUAAUUCAUCAAGUAUUUAUCGUCUGUGGCCGUUGCCAUUUGAUCGGAGGUGAACCUACCAACAUCACUCGUAAAAAUUUAUUUCAUUAAAGCUGUUCAAUACGCAAAUAUUCUUUAAACUACAUUCAAAAUCUUCCAAAUGGGUGAGGUUUAGUAUGAGAAUUGGCUUCGUGUUCUUGCUCCCUGCCGAGAUUGGUACUUUAAUCAGUUGAGAGGUUAAAAUUAAUAUAUAUGCUGAAUAUUGAGUUUUGUCUGCGCAGGUCAUUUAAUUAAGAACCACUUUUUAAUAUUCUAUUUAAGUAACAAUUUGUAAAACAUAUUAUUUACUCUAAAAUUAUAAAUUUUGUUACCUUCCUUAUAAAUCUGCCUAUUAUAUUUAUUACCUACUCAUUAUCAUAGUGUAUAUUCAUUAAUAUUUAAUAAAAAAAAGCACCAUUAUUAGGUUCAUUUUAAUUAUUAAUUUAAAUAGGCCUGUUACAUUAAUAAUGUUUUACUAAAAAAAAAAACUACGCUUAAAAUCAUACUUCUGUUUGGAUAACUUUUACACAAAAAAAUGUCAAAUCCAAACAUUGAGACGGACAUCAAAUGAAUAAAAUCUAUGUAUGUAUUUUAUAUAAUUUGUUUAGAAAUAAUUUAUUUUAUUUAGAUUGUAAUUUGUAGAUGAAACAGGCUGGUCCCUGUAUUACUGAUAUUCUGUAUGUUUUUAUAGUGAAUAAAUCAAUUUGAAAAAUUUAAUAAGAUAUAAUGUAAAAUAAUCGUUAAGGCGAUAGUGUAAUCGAUUGAGCUGUUCAUGUUCAAAUUAUUUAUGUAUUCUGGAAAGUUACGUAAUUACUUGAUGUCCUGAAUAAAUUAUUGGAAAAUUA